AUGUACUUUGCACUUGUCGGGCUGACGCUGCUCAUCUUUAUCACAUGGUGGGCUUACUCGAUCGUCUACAACCUAUACUUUCACCCUUUGGCAAAAGUUCCUGGGCCGAGGCUUGCCGCAGCCAGUCAAUGGUAUGCAAUAUACUACGACAUCGUCUCGCGCGGUGGCGGACAGUACGCUUUCAAGGUCAAGGAAUUUCAUGAGCGAUAUGGACCCAUCAUACGUGUCACACCGGACGAGGUACACAUCUCCGACCCAGAUUUUCUUAGCACAAUCUAUGCCACCCGAGACAGGAAUUCCAUCGUUGGAGGUGGCAUCAUGCAAGAUCAGAGCGUCCACUUGGCCAAUGACUACCACCUUCACAAGAUGCGACGGGAAGCGCUAAAUCCUUUCUUCAGUACGAAAGCUGUGAGCGACAUGGAGCCGAAACUGGCAAAUAAGGCAGCACAGCUGCGCAGUGUCGUGCAAGGUUACAGGGCGUCUCAGCAACCACUGAACGUAUCGGAUAUGUUCUUCGCGUACUCAAACGACAUGCUCCGGAUGUACUGUUUUGGCUCCGACGACAAUCUGCUCUCCGAUCUUGAACAAGCGAAACGGCUACGAGAAGACCAAGCAGCGCUGUUGAAAGGCGUGAACAUCGCAGGACACUUCACCGCCGUCUUUCGAGCACUCAGCAGUGCGGUAGCGAGAGUGCUCGGACCGCAAGCUCUACCUCCUGCAAUGCGCGAGAUCAUGCUUUUCCGCAGCAACGUCCGAAAGCUGAUCGAGUACGUCCUGGCGGAUACCAAGAACGAUGGUAAAAGUGGUCGGCGAUCCGUGUUCUACGAGCUUCGGGACAGUGCUAUUCUGCCGCAACAUGAGAAGACUGUCGAUCGACUGCAGGACGAAGCAACACUUUUUGUGCUGGCCGGCACUGAAUCACCCGCCAAGACGCUGCUCAUCGCUUCGUUCUAUCUGGCUGCACAGCCGUCGUUGAUGCAGAGAUUGCGCGCUGAGUUGCAAGAAGCCAAGCGUCAUGUUAGGGAUGCUGAUCUACCUCUAAGUACGUUGCUUGCCUUGAAGUAUAUGCAAGCUGUGAUUAUGGAGGCGAACAGACUUUCACUGGGUGUUUCCUACCGCAUGAAGCGCACGGUGCCACACGAGAGCGUGACAUACACUGCGUCCUCUGGCCCACACAAGGGCGAAGACUAUGUCAUUCCGCCCAACACUGAGAUGAGCACUCUCACGUGGUGUACGCACACGAACGAAGAGCUUUUCCCGGACCCGCUCCGCUUCGACCCUGAGCGAUGGCUUGGUGAUGACGAGAUAGUCAACAAAAGGAAGCGGUGCAUGCAUUCUUUCGGCAAGGGGCAUCGGCGGUGCUUGGGGUUGAAUCUGGCCAAUGCGGAGAUGAGUCUGGCGAUGGCGGUCAUAGCCCAGUAUGACCUGGAAUUGUUCGAGUCGAAUGAGAGCGAAGUCAGCUUCAAGUACGACUUCCAAGUGCCGCAUCCGCCGCAUGGUUCGAAGGGGGUGCGGGUCGUAGUGAAAGGCGAGAAGGAUCUGUGA